AUGGCCACACUUCUGUCAACAUCCAUCCGUCCUGUUGGCGAAGACGUGGAUAUGGUACCCGUGAACUGGCGAUGGGAGCGGUUUACCAUCGUGGACGCCGGGCAGGGGAGGAUUGCGCUCCACAACGGCGUGUCCAACUGUUUUCUGAAGAUGAGCGAUUCCGGGAUGGUGUUCAGCCCACACAAGGACCAGAACGCGCUUCCUUCCCAUUGGGAAUCGGAGUUUUUUGAGGUGAUCGGCGUCGGAGAGGGGAUGGUGGCGCUUUGGAAUAAACACCGCAAGCGCUUCGUCAACAUGAGCCCGUCCGGGGACGUGGGACGCAGUCGCGAAAGACCCGACAAGACCCUGCAAGAUGGAUGGUCGUGGGAGAAGUUCUACCUCGUGACAGUGAGACCCUACCUGGAGCCUGGUACUACUGUGGCUCUUUACAAUACGCGAAAUCGAAAAUUUCUCCGCAUGAAUCUGAAGGGGUCUACGUAUAUUGUGGAUUUCAGCCCAGAGAGCGACGGUUCUAGACCCGAUGGCUGGGAAAAGGAGUGGUUCAGGGUGGACGAUGCAGGCAAUGGAAUGAUUGCACUCUGGAGCACGAAGUAUAAGAACUAUGUGAUGAUGGAACACGAAUGGCUUCGAGCAGCUGGUGGAAUCGAUAUUUGGGAGCGGUUCGUUGCUAUCAGUCCUCCGGGAUCGAUGGAGACCGCUCUUUGGAAUCCGUUUCACCAAAGCACUAUCGACACGUUUACGGGCGCCCCCAAGCGUGGUUAUCCAGGAACGCUCCAGGACCUUCCGGGCAAUAACCGAUACACCUGGAAGGUCAUUGUGAAGCCGCCCUCGUGA